AUGGGUAGUGGCUCGGCUCAGCGCCCUCUAUCCGAAGUAAGCCCAGUGGCUCAGAGACGUAACUCACCAGUGUGGAAUCAAAACACUAAAACCAUGAGAAACAGCGAUGCCUCCAGCUUCGAGGUUUCCUCCUCACCACGCCUCUUCUGGCAAGGCCGUGAAUCGGGCUCGCCUUUCCCAAGAAGUUCCGAGAACCAGGCCCCAUAUGAUCCAGACUCACCAUAUUCGGCAUCCAAGCGUCCAUCCCUGGAAAAUCUCAAGCGCGCAUCUCGAGUGAAGAACAGCAACAUGCUGCGUGAGCGUAACCAAGAGUACGAUCCAGCCAGUGUAUAUGUUCCACAACGACCAUUGGCGACGAGUAGAUCGCCACAGAAACAGUCACAAAGCGACUCGUCUCCUCAGCAGCCGCAAAAUCGCGAUGACCGCCAACCAGGACCCCGACCUCCAUCACCAAGCAAAGAUCAGGUAUCUCCAGCCAAAUCCUCCUUGUCUCGUGCCAGUCGAUUUGGCGUCAAAGGGACCGGCUUCGAUCCUGAGAGCGAGAUCUGGUCGGAUUUCGACAGCGUUGGUAAUCGGUACCCUAAGAGCGUGACCUUUGAUGCUGCUCCUCCUCAGGUGAAUGAGUACGAGAUGACUACUCCAGAUCCUUCGUCAAUCGCCUCGGAGUCUCGCGACGGAAGCUACGACUCUGAAGAGGACGAGGGUGAUGUCAGUUUCGAUCGCGAGUCCUCGCUUGACCGCGACGACAGCUUCGAUGCCUCUUUGGAGGACCUUGAAAAGACCCCCGUUGUACUCCCCGAGGAUUGGCGCUAUAUGAGUCCUUCCACCGCAAACGACGAGCUCGUGAAAGAGGAUGAUGAUCCAUUCACAGAGGAUGACGAAUCCCACAGUCCCGGCCCCACGACUCCCUCACAGCAAAAAUUGCCUCUCCAGCAUUCUCGUGUGGAGUCAUUGGAUUCGAACGGAGAGCGUCGUCCUCUGCCUCCCCUGCCUGGCGCGGGUCGUCAACCUGUCACUCCUCACUCUUCCUCGCCUGGAAAAUUAGCAGCAGCGUUCGAGUUGGGAAGUGGUGGUAAAAGAGUUCUUCCUUCUCCCCCCGCUCCUGCAUCAUGUACAAAGUCGGACAUCAGUGAAUUGAGCCGUGCAUCCAUGUCUUUGGAGGACAGACUGCGUUUGAUGAUGAUCCGCAAGGAUGAACGGGCCAAGCAGGAGCAGGAGCACGCUACUGACGAACCAGAACAUGUCAAGCCAUCCGAGGCGGCCGACCAUGCCACGGAGGACCAGAACAAGGAUGAGGCUAAGGAUGUGGAGGAGCAUGAUACCGAUGAACUCGAUAUUGCUAUGCCUCGAAUCUCCAGAGACUCCAUCUUGAAAGACCUCCGCAGAAGCGAUAGCUUCCUGGACGACCCAUAUGAUGAGGACGAGUCUAUGAUCGCAUCCAGUCCCCACCAUUACAUGAAUUAUGAUCCAGACGUUCCCAUUCCAUCGCUUGAGAACGAUAACGAUGUUGACGACGAUUAUGAAGACUCGGACUCUGACGUGGUGAUCAAACGAGAAGAGCACGAUGAUGAUCUCUACGACAUACCCAAAUACGAUGAAACCUUCCCGUCCCUUGACUCCUCCGUCAAGGACUUGGAAGACAAGCCUGCUACUGACGACUCCCAGGCCUCUCAGCUGUCCACGGAAAACUCCGAGCACCGAAAGCGGGAGUCCCAAGGAUCCAACGAUAGCCAGGCAACUCCUGUGCCCCAGGAAAGAUCCGAGGAGGCGGUAGAUGGACCCGAUAACACUGACGACCAAGAGCUCCCUGGUCCGAAGAUGGCAGCAAUCACGGAAUCCCUACGACGCCCGAUGACCCCGGAGAUAGAUGAGCCGGUCUCUGAUCCGUGUACCCCCGACUCAGUGAUCCGCCACCCGAUUGACGAAGAGGAUGAUGACUCUCAGACCUCUUCCGACGAAAGUGUACCGGAACCCGUCGCUACUGUCAAGGCACCCAACGGACUCAAGACACGCCCUUCCCUUACACCGGCGGAUGUAGAUUCGAUGGCGGCAGUCCGUCGCAAGGUCAGCGGACAGCAGCCCCCACCAAUGCUUACCCUGAGCAAGCAGAUAUCCCAUGAAUCUGACCACUCAUCCCCCGACGAAUCCGCGUCAGAGUCUGGUGAUCAGUCCGCCCACCUGGCGGCCUCUACUGCGCCCAACAAGGACCUCACGCAGCGUCAGACCAGUUUUGUUAAGCUGGAUAUCCCAUUCAGCAUCCAAGAAGAGAGCCUCGGCAUGGGCCUAGACAAGGAAUUUGACCGAGUCAUUGAAUCCCAAAAGGUUGCGUUUGAGAAGUCCCUAGCCCAGUUGUUUGCUUCCGCGCCCACUACCUCUGCCCCGGAUUCCCAUAAUCCUCAGGACUCAAGGAACCCUUUUAGUACCCCUAGAGCACCAGCUGACAGACAAUUUCCCAUACAGAGAGGUUAUCUCAUGAGGCAUAACACCAAGGUUGUCAUUGCUAGCAAUCGCAGUGAUGAAGAACCAGGCCCCACGCCUGGCGAGACCUCGACCGACCCGCGUACAGUGAGGUCUCCAGCCCCAUCACCGCGAAAAGCGAGCCAGCAAACAUGGACAACCGUACCCUGGAAUGGACAACCUCGCCGUCCGAGCAUGAGAAUGUCUGGUGGUAUCCCCAAGAAGAAGCCGGUUGCAGGCCCUGUGCCACCCCUUCCAGGUCAAUCGAGCAACGUCCAGGAAUCCAUCGCACCAAUUGAGGAGAAUGAACCCACCUUGGAUGGUGCUCUGGAUGAUGGCGAGGAACGCGGCCGCCUGUUUGUCAAGGUCAUCGGGAUGAAAUACCUCGACCUGCCACUCCCCAAGGGCGAGCGAUCGUACUUUGCUCUUACGCUGGACAAUGGCCUUCAUUGCGUCACCACUGCUUGGCUGGAACUCGGGAAAACCGCUCCGAUCGGACAAGAAUUCGAGCUCAUUGUACAAAAUGACCUCGAAUUCCAGCUGACACUUCAAAUGAAAGUCGAUGAUGCUAAAUUCAGGGUUCAGGAACCCGCUGCCCCUGCGUCCCCUGCGAGACAGAAGGCGUCCACUUUCAGCAGGGUUUUUGCCUCACCACGCAAGCGCAAGGAAAUGGAGAUGAAACAGCAACUUGCCUCGCAGCAACAAAAGAGCAAGGACGUAAAUGCUGGCGUCUGGGAUAGACUGAGGACUCUUAUUGCUCGUGACGGCAGCUUUGGACGGGCCUACGUUGCGCUCAGCGACCACGAGAAAUAUGCCUUCGGUCGGCCGUACACUGUCGACGUGGCUUGCUUCAACGAGUGGGCGGUCGAUGAGCAACCAAGCAGCGUGAAGAGCAAAAAGAGCACGUCUAGUGCAGCCUCUCAGAGACGCCCUCCAUACAAGAUUGGCAAACUGGAACUACAGCUCUUGUUCGUUCCGAAGCCCAAGGGCGGAAAGGACGAGGACAUGCCCAAGAGUAUGAAUGCAUGCAUCCGCGAGAUGCGCGAGGCGGAGGCUGCUUCAUCCCGCACCUGGGAAGGAUUCCUUUCUCAGCAGGGAGUACUGGCGUCGCCGUUUCUUCAAGCUUCAAGGUUCCAAGUUGACGGCUUACCACGAAACCACCCGCCAGCCCGAGCCACGAUCAACCUGUCGAAGGCUGCUAAGCUGAUCGAUGACAGGUCAUCUCUAAUCCAGAAAGAGACAACCACAAAAGGUGGCGGGCGACGCAAGUCUGCGUUCGCCGAGGAGGAAGAAGGCUACAUGUUUGUGGAAGAAGGGUUCCGUAUCCGCUUUGGAAACGGUGAAGUGAUCGACUUUUACGCUGACAGCGCAGCGGACAAGGAGGGAUGGAUGAAGGUUCUGGCUGAGACUGUCGGCAAGGGCAGCUCCUCUGGAAGUAGUCAAAUCAAGCCUUGGACUGAGUUGGUCCUCAAGCGCGAACGAAGCAUGAAGUCCAGAAGAGAGACAACUGAUCGAUUCUCCACUCAUGCACCUCCUCCGCCAGUGAAAAAGGAUCUCGCUUCCGGUGGGGGAAUGACGGCGCCGGCGCCGGCAUCACCACGACCAGGGCACAAACACACGCAGUCUCAGCCCGAGAUCCGCAGUGCGGACGUUCGGCGCCAGAAGGCACGUUCGCUGAUGUUCUAA